GCACUGUUCUUAACAACAAGUAUACAUCCGGAAAAGGAGAAACUCGAAAAAGUCUCUUUUUUUCGUAUUUUGCCACCGGACAGCCAUGUCGUCAAAGCGCCAGGAGCAGGCAAAACUCAUUGACAGGCUGUGCAAGAAGAAAGACAAAGAUGGAUGUUGCCGUUUUCAAAAGGCAGAGAUAGAGAAGCUCAUGUCAAUGUUUAACAAAUACGUAGGGUCUUCUCCGCACAAGAAGCUUGACAGAUUGAAGUUUCGAGACAUUCUGCAUGACAUGUUUGGCAUGACAGAUGACAUGUUGAUGGACAGAGUUUUUCGAGCAUUUGACAAGGACAGUGAUAAUUAUAUUAACCAUGAUGAAUGGGUGCUUGGGUUGUCUACUAUCAUAAAAGGAGAAGUAGAAGAAAAAACAAACUAUACUUUCAAGGUUUAUGAUUUAAAUCAGGAUGGGUAUAUCUCGAGAGAAGAAAUGUAUCAAAUGCUCAAAAACAGUCUUGUUAAGCAACCAUCAGAGGAAGAUCCUGAAGAAGGGAUUAAAGAUCUAGUGGAAAUAUGCAUUAAGAAAAUGGACUAUGAUCAUGACGGUCGUUUAUCAUAUACAGAUUUUGAAACGGCUAUAAAAGCAGAGCCAUUGCUACUGGAAGCAUUUGGAACAUGUUUACCGUCUCCAGGGUAUUGUGAAGGUUUCCUGAACCUGAUCAGUGAUGAAUACAGUAAUAAAUAUUAGGACAGGGAACCAGCAUUCUUCAUGCUCAUACAGAUCUAAUAAAUUGUUUCAUGUUGUUUUUGCUCAUAACUUAUUGCACAAUUUUGACUUUGUUCACACAUGAAUAAUAUGUAGGUGUAAUCAUGGAGCAAAUCUUUUCAGGUUGACAUUAUAAUGCAUUUGUUUUCUAAUUUAUCUACUGCCAGAUAUGGGAUGUUAUUACAGUAUUAAAGAUUGUUUAAAUGUUUUCUCUAAACAUGUUUUUAAGAAAUGCAACAUUUUUCUCUCGAUAAAUUUCAGCAAAUUGAGAUGUUGUGAUUUCCUAUGUGAACAUGUACAUGCAUCUGGAGGAAAUGUUUAUACCCAUAUAAUUUAAUCAAGUUGCUCACUGUUCACAGAUCUACAUGUUUUAAGGCGUAAGACUUAGUGUCUACAUGUAUAGUUCAUUGGAAUUCUCUUAAAAUUUUUAUUGUAAAUUUUUAUUCUAAACUUUGACACCUCAUUUGCUUAUUAUACUAAAGAAAGGAAUCCUAUAGGUACAUGUACAACUUUUAAAAUUGCAAACUCUAUGUAUGUGAAUUUUCAGAAAUAAAUUUAUAUCUGUUAUACCUUUGAUUCAAAAUAGAAUCAAGCUGAAUAAUGAGCCUAUUUACAUGCAUGUGAUAAUGAACCCCACAUCUUGAAGAAAUUGUGUAAGAUGAAAUAUAGGUAUUACUUAUGUAAAAUGUUAGAAAUUUGGAAGAGAAUUUUAACCCUUAUCAUGCUGGAACGAUUGAUUCUGUCUUUGCGACCAGUGUAGAUCAUGUUCAGACUGCACAGAUCAUGAUUGCACUGUUUGCCAUUCAGUCAUUAUCUUUUUUGGUAAGCACUCCUUUUAACUAUUAAUGGUACUGUCCAAAUUGAAAGAUGGAUAAGUCAAUUAUAGAAAUUUAGCAGGGUAAGGGUUAAGUAUCUGCAGAAGACUUUUGUAGCAGUGAUUAUUUUUGACAGAUAUUUUUAGUUUACUUUUGUAUGUUGAUGUUUUCCCGUUGUUAUCUGUGUUAUGUACUUUCAGUUUAGUUAACACUUUUUUUUCCUAGAAAUGCUAGUCACUAUGCCUGUGAUUUGUUGUACACACGGUCUUUGUUAUGUAUGCGGUUUUGAUGUAUUUUUUGUAUUUCAUGGUAUUAUUAGAUUUAUAGGAGACAUCACUCUGUGAUGAAAGUUGCCAAUAUAUUAGUAUUAUAACUUUGACAAAUUAUUAAAAGAUGUUUAGAAUACACUUCAGUAAAUGUUUGAACCCUUGGUGAUGCUUUUUAUACUCAAGGAAGUGGACCUGUAGUGACUGUAGGCAUUUUAUGUGUGAUUACUUGCUUGAUAUAGGUAAUGUGUCUUUCUACAGAUGUUAAUCCUAACAUGACGAAAUCAUAUGCUGUAAAAGCACAUAUUUUCGCUGGGUCAGAAUUUCGCAAAUUUGAAAUUUUGAGUAUGUUCGCAAGGUUUAAUAUUCGCGAAAUUGUUAAAAUGGCAUCUUCUAUUAAUUUGAAUUAAACUAAUGGUAAAUAUUUAUGUGAGGAUUAAUUUUAGCGAGAUGUAGGGCCUCGCAAAUAUAGCGAAAAUUAAACCCUCCCGAAAAUUUCUGCUUUUACAGUAAGGAGAAUAUGUAAUUUGCUGAUUGUCAUUUCAGUUUCAUUACCUUAAAUAAUUAUUUCUGUUGUAUUUCAAAUUUUAUAAGGACUAGGAGGAAGCCUUCCUUUUGCUGUCUAGUACUUCUACACUUUAAAUGUAUAGUAAUUGUCCCACAUAGUGCAAGAAGUUGGGGUGGGGUUGUUGCUCAACCAGCUGAAACAGAUGAGUCAAUGCAAUGAAAAUACAAGUUUUAAGGUAGUGGACCAGUAAUGGCAUUCAGCAAUUUCUGUGCGAUAUCAUUUUCUCAUCUAUAUUUUCGGCAUUAUUCAGCUGUAAAUGUAUAUAAUGCAGACAAUGGUUUCGAUGACAACCGGAAAAUGCCAAAAUCAUAUACAGAGAAACUGUAACUAAACGGAAAUAAAAUUUUUGAUUACAGGUCUACUACCUUAAGUUUUUAAAAAGACUGUGACUGACAGCAAAUCUAGUUAUAUCUAGGAAUAUCUUUUUAAACAAAGGAUGCAGCAACAUGAUUGUUUUGGUUAAUUUUGCUCUAUCCAGUAAGAAUCUUCUGUAUACUUGGUGUUUUUUUUAUGACAGGCAUUUUUUUCUUGUUGGGAAUGUUUGCACGCUUAUUUUUCUUAUUACAAUCUGCAGUGUUCAUUUUCCUUUUCUAUCUAUUUACUACUUAUUCCUGUUGUUAACAUUUUACUGCUUUGUUAUAUUUGCUUUAUUGCAGCAUAUGUGUUAAAACAUUGUUGAACCUAUCAGUUGUUUAUACAGUUAAACCUGCCUUGAUGGUCACCUGUAUUGAACUGCCACUUGCCUGUAGGAGCCAGUUAGCGAACUUUCUAAAUUCAAUUUUUGCCUAAAUUUCAACUUGUUUCAAGGAAGGCCUUGCCUAAAGAAUUAAGAUGAUGCUGUUGCUCUGGCUGGUUGCUUAAAAUAGGUUUGACUGCACCAUAAAUUGCGAAUUAUUUGUCAUGCUUUCGUUGAUAAGUUUCUCUUUCAAAUUUAAAUCAUAUCACAAAUUCAAAUUCUACAAAAACUACCAGCCGGUAAUGUACAGUAUUUUCAAAAGUUUACAUAACUUUUGGGUUCCUACAGAAAUAUAAAAAUGUAGGAAGUGAAAAUGUAACAUAUAUUUUUCAAUUUGCUGUUUGGCCAAUGACCAGUAUUAGACAUUUAUUUAUAAUCUUCUGUCAAGUCUUUUACCCACAGUCACAGAAAAUUUCCGGUUUAUAUAAUCUAUGUGAAACAUUAUUCUGUGGCAACGAAUAUUUUAGGAACAUCAUUUUGAAUUAGAUAUGAAAAAUGCAAAAUGUGCUGAAGUUUGAUAUAAUUUUCGUCUUUAAAUUACAUUCCAAGUUAUGUUACUAUUCUUAAUAAUUACUGAAACUUUAGAUUAAAGCAUCUUUCUUUGUUAAUUGAAAAAGCUCAACAUAAAUUACUGGUAUUUUACAUUGAUGGAGAAAAGUGCCUACAUGCUUUCAGAUUUUGUGUUGCUCCGGGACUGUUUUGGUCCAUUUCUUUAUUUUCUGCUUAAUGGUGACAUUGAUAAUUGUGAGGAGAUAUUGAAGUAAAAAUGUUAUUGUCUAUAGACUUCCUUAUAGUCUUUUUGAAUAGACUAGAAGGAAUAAUAUAGACUGCACAUUCAACUCAUAAGCCACUAUUUGUUUUUAUUUUGAAUAUGGCACAUGUAUAAUGUCCACAUAAUAGCAUUAUUGUAUAAUAAAUUAAUAGAAUUAUUAACCAGUGUAGAGUUAUGCACCAUUGUUUUAUGUAUGCAUGUUAUAUUAAGUUAACCCUUAGCCUGCUGGCAGCAGAUGAUUCUGCCUUUGCGACCAGUGCAGACCAAGAUCAGCCUGCACUUCCGUGCAGUCUGAUCAUGGUCUGCGCUGUUCGCUAUUCGGUCAAUAAAUUUUCAGUGCAAACCCCUUUGAAUAAUAAAUGGUACUGUCCAAAUUGAAAGAUGGACCAGUCCAUUAUAGAAAUGUAGCAGGGUAAGGGUUAAGCCUUUUAAGCAUGAGUGUGUUCUAUACAGAGAUAGUGCCAGAAACCUUACACUUGCAGAAUGCUUUUAAAAUUUUAAAAUACUGUUUGAAACAUUUUUAAUGAUGAUUUAAAUUUGAUUAAACAAAUUGAGAACAA